AUGGCUAACGUUGGGAAAGAAGCCGCACUUGAACUAGAGCAGGCAACAAAAUCCAUCCUUAAAGAGCCUUCACAAAUGAAGAAAAUGUGUUCUACACCAGCCUUAAUCUGGGUCGGCGUCUUAUUUGUGUUCUCAUUUGUCCUCCUGAGCUAUCCAAAGAGAUGGGCAUUUAUCUUGUGGGCAAUUUUGGCAUGGGGCUUAUGUGUGAUGAUUCAUGAGUCAGGGCAUGCAGCCAUGGCUAAAAUAGCGGGCCAUUCGCAUGAUAGUUAUUUAAGUAUGAACUUUGUCAAAUAUCACGAUCAUUUUUCAAAUUUCAUCAAUCCUAUUCUACUCAUGCUCAUUCCUGGUUGGGGAGUACUAGGAGGUCCUGACUAUAUUGGAGAGACAUCUUUAAUCGCAAGUGGAAGACCAAAAAGAUUAUUAAUAGUUAUUGGGGGAAUUUUAGCUCUAUUUCCUGUGAUGAUCAUUUGUGUGGUGGGAUCAUGGAUUGACUCCCACCUUUAAAUUGGAGCAAAUUUUUUUAAUAGGAAAAAUUUUUAUAAGUUUUAUAAAAUUAUUGUUGACCUAAUUUAAUUAUUUUAAACUGUUUCACAUUGAAUCUAUUAAUAAAAAUAAAUUAAAUUCGAGAGUAUUGCAAUCUAUUUAUCUAUUUUUAUUUUUUAAAAAAAUAUUUUGAGAGAAAAAUUUUAAAAUAAAUUUUUAAAAAUAAACCUUUUUAAAUUGGAAUAGUAUUUUUUGUUCCAAUUUCAAAGGGGGAGUGAGCACAAUUACUCUUUAGGGUAUGGGUUUGCGCUUAUUGCGUAUCUGAUUGUUUUCAGCUUUUUAGUGAAUUUACUAGUGAUAAAUAAAAUGGUAGCUCAGUGAAAUAUAAUUAGAUCCUCUGUUAGCUGUAUACUAGGUAAUGUUUGCUAGCUAGUCAAGAAAAAUGUUAGGUUUAAAUAAUUAAAUUUACUACCUCUUCCGUACUGUGAUUUAUUUUAUUUUGUAUACCCAGAGCUUCCAGAUAAAUUCAGAGCUUAUGUUGUACUUGUGCUUACACAUAAGUAUUAUAAAUUUGCAGCCUUUCUUCUUACUUUGCUUGUGGUUUAUAUCUUUUCAACAGUAUUUCAUGACAUUGCAAUCAUCCUUUUAAGAUGCAUGCUUGUCUCUAAAAACUCAAUGAAUGCAGGCCUUUCUCAACUGUUUUUUGUUGAGUAUUAA